AUGCUUUCGCCAAAGUUCAAGACCGAUGCCCGACGAGUUGUCUGCAAGUGUCAAAGUCAUGAAUGCUACAAAGGUUUCUAUCUUGAUGCCAGCGGAAUCAAACAACAAGGCAUAGAGGUCAUUCCCGCCACGAAGGAAUCACACGCCCGUGCUGACCUGCGAUACCAAAUCAUGUCAACAUCUCUUUCAGCUAACCAAGAUAAUUCAAACUUGAAUCGACCAGCACCGACAGACGAACAAGAUCAGCUCUCAGGCCCUCUAGCACGAUUGGGUCUUGAUCCAUCCAGGAAUUCGAGUGAUCGGGCUACUCGAAUGAAUAGUAGAAGUGUCUCAGCUCCUUAUACGAAUUUCGACUCAUUGCGUGCUUCCGUUGCUGACCGAUCGAGAGAACCAGAAGAAGAAGCGGAAGGAAGUUCUUCAGCAACCGGUGUUCCAUCUGAUCGCAAUCAUGAGCUGGCUCUCUUGGAGAACGAAACACAGCCUACGGAUCCUGAUGUUUGCAAAGCUACAGAUUCAGCUAGACAAAAUGGGCUACGAGAAUAUGACACAAGUACGUUGAAUAUCUCGCUUUUUGAUCUCGACGCUGAGCAGUUGAAUAUGUAUUAA